AUGGAAUACAUUAAACACUACUUUGAAGAAGGACAUUCAUAUGCCGUGAUUGUGGACAUGCUGGCGACAUACCACGAUAUUAAAAUGAGCUUGCGCUCUUUAAAAACACACCUGAAGGAUGCAGGUAUGUACAGAAGAAAUAACUAUUCGCCUAUAAACGAUGUAAGGAAUGCUAUAAGAGCAGAGCUGCAUGGACCAGGACAGUUGUUCGGCUAUCGGACAAUGUGGUUAGCACUUCUGCAGAAACACAAGUUACGUGUUAAACGUGAUGAUGUUAUGCGGUUGCUGCAAGAACUCAACCCACAAGGGACAGAACUGAGGACACGUCGUAGAUUCGUAAGGCGUACAUAUCACUCCAUGGGACCGAACUAUCUUUGGCAUGUUGAUGGGUACGAUAAACUAAAGCCAUUUGGUUUCGGCAUAUCCGGAUGCAUUGAUGGUUUUUCUAGACGUGUCCUCUGGCUUACUUGUGGGCAUACUAACAAUGACCCUGCGGUUAUUGCUCACAACUACACGUCCUGUGUACAACGCCUUGGCGUUGCACCCAUGAGACUACGAACAGACUGUGGAACAGAAAAUGGGACAAUGGCAGCAAUACAGUGCAGUCUCCGCCAUAACCACACGGACUACUAUGCUGGCUCGAGAAGUCACAUGUAUGGCACAUCAAUGAGCAAUCAACGCAUUGAAUCUUGGUGGUCCAGCUUUAGGAAAGCAAGGGCUCAGUUCUGGAUAGAACUCUUUGGGGACCUUAGAAAUGAAGGACACUUCAAUGGCAGCAAUGAACACCAGUUCCUGCUUCAGUUCUGCUUCCAAAAUGUUCUGCAGGAUUAG